AUGCAGUUCUCUUUCGCCAAGAUUGCCGUCGCCGCCCUGGCCAUUGGCUCCAACGCCGUCCAGGCCGCUCUCACCCCGGCCCAGAUGGUCUCAAACAUCCAGAUGCUUACCCAGAAGUCGCAGGCCCUCCAGGCUCCCGCCCAGUCCAUCACCAUCCUCAACGGGCCCCUCAUCGUCAUCGGCCAGGGACCUUUCCCGCCAAUCAUUGCUGGAUUCACCGACAUCAUCACGACGGUGUCUACUGCCCUCGCGCAGAUGCAGGGGACUCAACCCGUCCCAGCCGGAGCCGAUGCGGAUAGUAUCUUUGAGGCCUUCCGCGAGUUUGUCCGCGUCCACCAAGUCCUGCUGAACAUCUUGAUCGGCAAGGCAGGACUUUUCAACACUGUGCCCUUUAUCGGACAGCCUAUUGCUUCUAUCCUUCGCCAGCUCGAGGCCAUUGUCGACACCAUUGCUUUCAGCCUCAUCGACCUCGUCGAGAGCCGCUCAAUGGACCUCACGAACCAGGCCAACAGCCUCAGUGCGACCAUCACCACCGCCAUCAACUCGUACGACGGCCUUUCUCUCUCCAAGCGCGGCCUUGAGAGCAACAGCGCCAAGUUCCGCGCCGCUCUCCGUGUCUAA